AUGCAGCAAGAUGUGCAGAUACCCUUCAAAAGGCAGCACAAGACACCUUGUCACAUACGCGACGGCUGCAGCAUGCGACCCUGCGUCAAGCACAGUGGUGCAGGGCCGUCCGACUGUUUUCAGCCUAGCCCUAUUACAAUCAUAGCACUAUUCACAACUCUAUUGAAGUUUGCCUUCAUGAACCGAAACGACAAGAACAACGAUUCUAGUGCUACGGCAACACGAACGUUGCCGGCGAAGACCGAUUACACACUGAAGGGACGACUAUCAAACGAACAAUUGGAUCGCAACUUUUGGAGGCACGUGGAUGUUGUUAAGGCGCUCGUCUCACAGCAUUCGCAGAUGAGGGAUCACAAGCUGUGCGCCAAGUGGCUAAGUAUUCUGUGGCGCACCUCCAUGGAGGAGAAGUUUGCGCGCAACUGUCUGAUUGUGCUGAUGAUGACGCAGCUCAAGAGGGAUAAUGUGCUCUCCUUUCCCUUCAACGUCGUCAGCAAUUUCAAACGGGAUGUGCGUUGUGUGCUCAAAGAUUACAACCAUCGCCAAAGGCGAGAGGGAACCGAAGCUCGCAUGGAGCUAGUUGCCAGUCCGUUGGAGGUGCGGGUACCGGAGCCCUCAACGGCUAGCUCGGAGGUGGUUCCGGCCUAUAUGAAAAAACGUGAAAGUGAAAUGGAAAUCAAUUUGAAUGACGAUGUCGUCACCAUAAAGAUUGAGCCCGGCAAACGGACAAUGACCAUACAACAAAAGGAUUCGCGAGCAUCAUGCGCUUCCGUUGCUCCUCAAGCAGCACGAGCUGAGCGUGUUCUUCAGGAACGAGACCUCAAAAUGCAGAUGAUCGAGCGACGCAAGACCGAGGAACGAGAGCAGCGCAUCAAACGGGAACGGAAGCGGGAACUGCAGCGGAGAACUGAAGUUCAAGACAGGCGCUUUGAGGAUCUGCAGCUGCAGAAAGGACGCAUCCGUAACGAGAGGGAGCAUAACGAGAUGCUGAUCAAGGUGCAACAGCGACGCGAGGAGGAGCGCCUUCGUCUUGAGCGCCGAAAGUCUGAGCAACAAGUAGGACGAGCUGGAGUUUCUUGGGAUCAGCAGAUGCAGCGUCAAGAGGAAGAGCUCAAGAGGCGCCGCAAGGAGGAAAGAAGACGACAGAGGAUUGCUACGAUUAACAAGAGUGAAACAACUACCCGAGACAGGCGAAGAAACUCCGUCUGUGAAGAGAUCAUGAAGAGACGCAAGCAACUUAAAAACUCGGAGCAACGAAUUCAGGAUAUUAGCAUUGGAGUCAUGGAACGGGAUUCUCAAGAGAAGCUUCGGCAAAUGAAAAUUCUAAUGAGGCAACAACGAAUCGCGGAACUCGAUAGGAAAGAGCGCAACUUGACUGCAGAGUUGGGCAAGCUCCUGAGAGAACAAGAAGAACGCGAUCGUCAGCGAUCUGAAUGCGAUAAAUAUAAGGGAUCUGAAUUGAUGAAUGAAUUGGAAAUGUUUGAAGCGCAACGUGAAAAACGCAGAAAAGAUGCCGAGCGCGAUGCCGAAGAACUGAGGAACAUUGAUGAGCGUCUGAAGACAGUGGAGCGCAGAAGACUGAGACAUCAACGCGAAGAAGAGUUACUUAAAAGAGAGCGAGACGAACUCGAGAAGCUCAUAGGGAACAAUGUAGAUCGGCAAGAGUUGGAAGCUAGACAAACGGAAGAGGAACUUGAAAGUCACAAAGUCGAGAAGAUAGAAAUAAAAAGAAAAGAUGAAGCAACAAAGCAGCGAAGAGGAGAACUUGAAAUAGAGAAGAUAGCAAGGGAAAAGGAAAAAGCGGAACGCACCAUGGAAGAGCAAAUUGGACGAAAAGAAAAAUUAUGCAACGAUGGUUAUUCGCUAAUAAAUACUCAAUGGAAAAACCCCGCGGUGGUCCGCAAGACCAGUAAGAAUGUAUGGCAGGAAUGGAAAGAGAAAUCGGUGCCAAUAACUAGACAACAGCAGCAAAUGGAGAAGCGAGAGCAGCAGCAAGAGGAACGAAUAGAGAAUCCUUCAGAGACUGCUCUAGAUCAGUUGUCUAGGGUGCAAAAUGAAUCCGUCUUUCAAGUGCCAUCGCACCAAGAGCGCUUCAAUCGACAGGUAUCGGAGCAGCUCAGUAGAUUGAAGGUUUGCCAGCGGACGGUCGUCGAGAUUGUAGCGCUGAAGAAGCAGUUGAAGAAAGAGAUCAGAGCACGUAACAAGAUGCUGCAAUGGCUGCAUGCGCCAGGCAAUGAAGAUCUGAAUACCGCACGGGUGGAGGCGGGCCUCGAUGCAUUGCUAUCGUCGGCUACCAAGAAUAGUUCCACCUCAGAUCUGUCGUGCUGUGGCUGUAAUGGAUUAUCAUCGGAUAUGGAUGAGGUGGGAGUUUCUAAUAUCGACAUAAAAGCCCAGUCGAAGGUGUUGCACAAGAAUGCAAAUGAGGAGGAGAUGCAGCCGCAGUCAAAGCUGUUCUUUAAUCCACCGAUCUCGAAGGUUUUCGCUAUGUCCUCAAAGAAAUCAAACGAAGAGCCAGUAGCAAUCAGUUCAGGAAGACUCUCUGAUGUGACUGAAGCACCUUCGCUCAGCUUUCAUUGGCGUUCCAAAGCACGGCAGCAUAAUUAUAACAACAUUCCCGCUCGGAAUUUCUCAAGUAGCGAUCAUUGUGGGAUAAGGACUGAUAAAAUGAAUGAAGAACCUACCCCUCCGGAGCUCUCAAGGGGUGAACACCGGGUGCGUUUCCUGGAUCCGAAAGAAGACGAGGAGCCAACGAUAGGUGAAACUAGUAAAGAAUCUGUGUGCAGCUGUCGACGUCGUUGCGAAGAGCAUCCGGAUAAUACCGAAGUCAGGGAGGAGCCCAAGCCGGAAUCUCCGGUAGUUAAAGCAAAGCACGCAAAGCGACAAUCAGCUGGAGAACAGGUGCGUCAAUAUGUGGAAAAAUACCAACAACUGCUCACCGAUUUAACCCCAGCGAAGCAAACUGCUAAGGAGGUGAAUAAAGCACGCACUUUUGAGCUCGUUAAGAUAUUCCUGAGCCAACAGAACGAAGAGCAAAAGAAUCGCGAGGAAGAUAAGCGCCGGCGACAACAACAGCGCCAAUUGUCCAGUCGAAUUUGUGCAAAUCGAGUGCGUCAGACGAUCGCUGAAUUGCAGCGUCGGAUGUGCGGCGAUUAUACAAAAAAAGAUCAAGAACCGAUUUGCGAUAAUGCAGAACUCUUGGCGAAUUGCAACAGACGACGAAAACUAGUAUUAACGAAAUCGAACUCAUCGAUGGAGCUGCGGCAUAUGAAUUACUUACGAUUGUACCAAAGCUGUAUGAAACGCUCUUGGGCCUCAGUCGAGAGUUUGUUUCACACAACCGCUGCCUCGGCGACUGAUUGUCGAGUUUGUGAAGGGAAGACAGCGAGCGAGGAGCAGGAAAUGGAAAGUGAUCACUCAAGUGUUGAGACGCUGAUCGGAGAUGAUGAGGUUGAGGAGAAACAAGUUCGCAAGACGUUCAGUGCAAUGAAAAAAAGGACCCAACGACGUUUGAUCCGUUCGUGGAGUAAGCAUCUACUUGAUGUGUCCCUAAAGCAAUUGGACAAAUCAAAGACAGAGCAUCAGCAAUUGCAGAUGGUGAAACGCAAAUUGCGAGUGAUGAUGCAAUAUGGACAACCGAGGAUCUAUCGUCCCAUGAUGCGCACGGCAUUCGCAAUGUUAAAGUGA